AUGUCACAGCAGGCUGUGCUUCGGCACAUCUGCAGAGGCAAACCCUCCACUUCUUUGUCGUCCUCCUUGUCCAUCUCCACAAUCAGAUCGUUCCAUUCCACUCGACCUCAGCAUGCCGGGGAGCAGCCUGACACCAAAUCCAAAUCAACAAGUACAGCUUUAGCUCCCAGCCCGACAGCUACAGCAGAUAAACUAAAAAAGGUCCAAGCCAAGGUACAGGCACAGAUGAAGGACGAGCAAGAAGAUGCCAGUGCAAACUUCAACCAGGGUGGAUUGGCACGCAGCUCGAUGUUCUACCGACACCUAACGUCCGAUCUCAACGCCAAACUCACUCCUGCCGAAAGAGAGCAGAAGCACGAAGCCGAGAAGGAGGUUCCUUUGUCAGAACGCAGCGCAACAAACAUGGCCCAAGCCCUCAAUCCAAAGCCCGUUGCGCGUUCGCGAUGGCAACGGAAAAUGGUCAUCCGACACAUUCAGCGCGAAGGUCAAUUGACCAGAGAGAUGGAAAUCGCCCGCACAGAAAGGACACAUACUUCCCGUUCACACUUCUUCAAGACAUCGAUGAAGAAACUUGCCCCUCUUACGCGGCAGAUCGCCGGGAAGUCCUUAGACGAAGCCAUUCUACAAAUGCGCUUCUCCAAGAAGAAAGUUGCCAAGGAUGUUCGCGAGCAUCUCCUCAUCGCCCGAGCCGAAGCAAUCACGUCGAAAGGCAUGGGCCUGAAGGAAGACCGCACGGAAGCUCAAUCAAAAGCGCUGGUCAAAGAUCCCAGCGUGUCGAAACCACUCCCCGGCCAGACCCCCAUAAAGACCAAACGGAAAGGCGUGACACCGGACCCCACGGAAAUCUACGUGUCGGAGGCGUGGACGAACCGUGGCUCCUACGGCCGAUUACCAGACUACCGUGCCCGAGGCCGGAUGAACAUCAUGAGGCCACCUCACACAGGCAUGACAGUGGUGUUGAAGGAGGAGAAGACCAAGACGAGAAUCGCAGCCGAGAAGGAGGCCAAAGAGAUCAAGAAACGGCUGCAGAAGAAAAUCUGGGUCCAGUUACCUGAUCGUCCGGUUACCAUGCAGCGUCAACACCUCUUGUGGUAG